CCGGGAAGGAAAGGUGGUCCGCCUGCGAGGAGGCGCGGACCGGGCCAAGGAGCCCAUAGGAAGAGCGGGGCGCCGCCUCUCCCGCGAGCUGCCGGCCUCUGCAUCCGGCCCACCUGUCCCUCCCUGCCUACCAACCCAAGAGCCUCACCCCGAUCUGCGCUUGCUGGGUGACCUCGACGCCCGGGCGGGGACCGAGGGCGCUCUGAGCUCUGCGCUCAGCUCCCAGACCCACUCCCGCUCCGAGGCGGAGGCCAGGUCUUCAGAGAGGAACGACGGAGGCGCAGAAGCCCAGGGGCAGCCCGCUCCAGCCCUGGCAGCCGCGGAACAAGCCCGAGCGGCUGCGGGCGCCGCGGCGGGCGCGGAGUAGCAGGGGCGCCAGGGCGCUGGAAGCCCCGCCCCUCGGCCGGCGCCCUGACAACGCGGGCGGGCUGGGCUGCACCGCCUGCUCCCCGCCCCUCGGCCGCCUGCACCGGGCGGGGCCCGGGCCAGAGCGCCGCCGCCGCCGCUGCUGCAGCAGCAGCUGCUCUGCAGAGUGGUGGCCGGGGCCGGGGCCGGGGUGCCCUCCCUCCCACCUUCUCCCGCCAUGAGCCAGGGAAGUCCGGGGGACUGGGCCCCCCUCGAUCCCACCCCCGGACCCCCAGCAUCCCCCAACCCUUUCGUGCAUGAGUUACAUCUCUCUCGCCUCCAGAGGGUUAAGUUCUGCCUCCUGGGGGCAUUGCUGGCCCCCAUCCGAGUGCUUCUGGCCUUUAUCGUCCUCUUUCUCCUCUGGCCCUUUGCGUGGCUUCAAGUGGCCGGUCUUAGUGAGGAGCAGCUUCAGGAGCCAAUUACAGGAUGGAGGAAGACUGUGUGCCACAACGGGGUGCUAGGCCUGAGCCGCCUGCUGUUUUUCCUGCUGGGCUUCCUCCGGAUUCGCGUUCGUGGCCAGCGAGCCUCUCGCCUUCAAGCCCCUGUCCUUGUUGCUGCCCCACACUCCACUUUCUUUGACCCCAUUGUUCUGCUUCCCUGUGACCUGCCCAAAGUUGUGUCCCGAGCUGAGAACCUUUCCGUUCCUGUCAUUGGAGCCCUUCUUCGAUUCAACCAAGCCAUCCUGGUAUCCCGGCAUGACCCGGCUUCUCGACGCAGAGUGGUGGAGGAGGUCCGAAGGCGGGCCACCUCAGGAGGCAAGUGGCCGCAGGUGCUAUUCUUUCCUGAGGGCACCUGUUCCAACAAGAAGGCUUUGCUUAAGUUCAAACCAGGAGCCUUCAUCGCAGGGGUACCUGUGCAGCCUGUCCUCAUCCGCUACCCCAACAGUCUGGACACCACCAGCUGGGCAUGGAGGGGUCCUGGAGUACUCAAAGUCCUCUGGCUCACAGCCUCUCAGCCCUGCAGCAUUGUGGAUGUGGAGUUCCUUCCUGUGUAUCACCCCAGCCCUGAGGAGAGCAGGGACCCCACCCUCUAUGCCAACAAUGUUCAGAGGGUCAUGGCACAGGCUCUGGGCAUUCCAGCCACCGAAUGUGAGUUUGUAGGGAGCUUACCUGUGAUUGUGGUGGGCCGGCUGAAGGUGGCGUUGGAGCCACAGCUCUGGGAACUGGGAAAAGUGCUUCGGAAGGCUGGGCUGUCCCCUGGCUAUGUGGACGCUGGGGCAGAGCCAGGCCGGAGUCGAAUGAUCAGCCAGGAAGAGUUUGCCAGGCAGCUACAGCUCUCUGAUCCUCAGACGGUGGCUGGUGCCUUUGGCUACUUCCAGCAGGAUACCAAGGGUUUGGUGGACUUCCGAGAUGUGGCCCUUGCACUAGCAGCUCUGGAUGGGGGCAGGAGCCUGGAAGAGCUGACUCGUCUGGCCUUUGAGCUCUUUGCUGAAGAGCAAGCAGAGGGGCCCAACCACCUGCUGUACAAAGACGGCUUCAGCACCAUCCUGCACCUGCUGCUGGGUUCACCCCGCCCUGCUGCCACAGCUUUGCAUGCUGAGCUGUGCCAGGCAGGAUCCAGCCAAGGCCUCUCCCUCUGUCAGUUCCAGAACUUCUCCCUCCAUGACCCACUCUAUGGGAAACUCUUCAGCACCUACCUGCGCCCCCCACACACCUCUCGAGGCACCUCCCAGACACCAAAUGCCUCAUCCCCAGGCAACCCCACUGCUCUGGCCAAUGGGACUGUGCAAGCACCCAAGCAGAAGGGAGACUGAGUGCCUCAGCCUCUCACCCCCUCCUCCUCAGGGCGGCGCUAGGGGCCUCCCCUAUGCCUCAGCCCCAUCUCUGCUCCUGUUUGAAUUUUGUUAUUGUUGUUUGGUUGUUUUUUUUUUUUUAAGUUGAUUUUAAUUUUUUGUUUGGUUGAUUUUUUUGUAAAAAACUAUUUUAUAUAUAAAUAUAAAUCUAUAUCUAUAUCUAUUAAAAAAAUGAAGUCCAGUCA